ACGCGCAAUUAACGCGAAACACCCGUUAUGGUCAGCUUUAGGAAGAUCCUCGAUAGUCUCAGUAUUGUUUCAUAGUUAGAGUCAACGAAAUGUCGAACAUCUCGUGCCUCCUCUUUUGCGUUAUUUGGAUAACUAUAUUUGAUAAUGUGCAGCUUGCAAAAACCGAAGAUGUUCUGGAUAAGAUAAAAACAGGAUUGAAGUACGCAAGUAACUAUCUAGAAACGGCUAAGGACAUUGCCGAUCUAGUAUCUAAAAGUUUAGGGCGUAAACAGAAGCAGAAGCGUGGUGACGAUGAAAAUGAUGAUACAAAACAGCCAUUUGGUCCUUCAAAUCUCGUUUCCGCAUUCUUUCACCUCAUUGGACUUGAUUCGCAAAAAGUCGCAGCAAUCGCAGUCAACAGCGUUAUAUUUCUUGCACAGAUGAUAAGUUCGCUCUUUGGAUUAAAAUCACAAGAUAACAUCGCCAAAAAUAUAGAUGACGAAGCACUCCCUUGGGAUCCUUUAAAAUUUACUUUAGAAAAUAAAAAUGAAAAAAUUCGAAAUUUGGUUGAUCAAGCAAAGAAUCCGAAUCUACCAAAUCAAUUAAUAGCAAGAAUGACUGGUCCUGAUUCCGCCUGUAUUAGAUUACUGGUAUGCAAAUCAUCUCCGGUCAUAAAAGCGGCGCAAAAUUCCCUUAAUAAUAAAUCACAGGAUCAUAUGCAUCGAUUGAUCGCUUGGCUACCGUCGAAAGAGGAAUUUGAAACAAACAGCGAUGAAUGCGAGGAUAAUCAUACCGAUUGUAGUUUAUUUUCAUCGUAAUAACAAUCGUUGCGAAGAAAAGAUGAAAUUUCUUAUUAAGAAAUUCAAAGAUUUCUAUGCUAAUUGUAAAAUCAAAUAAAUAUUUUCAAUAGCGCAUUAUUUUGAUUUUAGAAUAGGGAAGAAGUUUUUUUCUUUCUUCCUUUAUAUAUAUAUAUAUAACAAUAAUAUGGAAAUAACAUAAAAUGAUAAAUAUAUUACAUUAUAUAAUUAUACAUUCCAUUUUAUAUAGAUUUUCUAUUCACGUAUUGCUUUAUCAUUCUUUGCAUAUUAACGUUUAGUAUUCUCAUCAAAGGCUAUCAUUAAUAAUCUUCGAUAUAAUGUAUAGCACAAAAGUUAAGUAUAAAAAUUUAUAAUGCUAUCUCACAUAAUGUCUUGCAUUUGAAACAUGUUCCAUUUGCGUAUAUUUACUACGUAUCUGUUUACUAUCAAUAAGCGUCCCAAAUUCGGGAAACAUUGUUUUUCACAAUCUAAAAAAAAUUUUACUAUUAAGUAAUUAUAUCUUUAAAUGAAAGUAGAUUCUCUUCGUAAUUUCGACUUUUUAGCAUAAAUUAGAGAUUAUAUAAAGUAUAAUUGUUCAAUUCAACAUUCAUAUUCCAUAUUCCAAAAAAUGUGUACAACCGUCAAUUAAUUUACAUCAUACAUUUAAUGAGAUCAUGAUAUUGUGACACUAUAUAUGUAUAUGCUAUGUGGUUAUAUCAUCAUUUUUCUCUAAGAAUUGUCGAGAGUCAAUACAUCGAAGUAAUCGUCGCUGGGUAAAUUUAAUCGACAUCAAAAAAUGUUUGGCAUAUGUUCAAUUCUCUAUUUAUAAUAUAUAUAAUUUACAUGAUGUAUCUAAUGUGGUGUCUAGCAUAUUUGCUAAUUAAGAGAAAGUUUUGGCAUUUGAAAAAUGACUGAUUAAACAUAGAGGCAUUCUUUGCCACGAUUGCGCGCGAUAUUCACGAUACUUAUAAUAAUAGUCUUCAAAAAUACUAGCAACAUCUUACGCAUACAUCUUAUCAAUUUUCUUAUCACGCAAGCAAUGCAUAUAUUUAACAUAAAUAUUCAAAAUUUGACUUAUGUAUAAAAGAGAUAUAAAUUAUAGAAAUCUAUAAAGUCUUCUAUAAAGUAUACAUUAUGAUAAAAUGUUUCUAUGUUUUUGAUUCGAGUUCCGUAAAAUCACAAGUAAUUCGGUAGUCAUUAGAAUAUCGCGCACGAUCAACUAUAAUAUACGAUGUACCACAUAUUCUUCGAACGCGUUUAAUAUCAUUUUAGACUAAUAUAUAAUAUAUAGUUAUAUUAUAUUACAAUACAUGCGCACGCGCACAUAUGUUACAUAUCCUAAUCGAAAUCUUGAAAAUAUACAGAGAAUCAACAGACUAUCGAAGAAAUGAGUCGUUAUAUCAUGCAUUAUCGUACAUUAUAACAUGCAUUGUAUCGCAUCAGAGAGGGGUCUCUCUUUUAACUUUUUGAUAAUAUAUGUAUAUCGAAGUACA